UCGUUGCCGUCUCACUUCACGAUAUCGCACUGAGAGGCGGUGAGCCAUGGGGGAGAACAGUCCUGACGGCAACGUUAUCUACUAUGAAGUGGAGGAAGACGAUUUAACCCAAGAUGACAAUAUGAUGAGGUUUGCUGAUAAAAACGGGCUGGUUUCUUCAUCAUCUGGGACGGUCUAUGACAGGACAACCGUUCUAAUAGAGCAAGACCACAGCGUGUUGGAAGAUGAUGAGGAUGAAGGACAGUGUGGCGAUCACUUGCCUUUUUUACCAGAGGGUCACGAAGAAGGAUUUCACUUGAUAGCAGAUCAUGAAGGAAUGUCCCAGGGUUAUGUGCAACACAUUAUUUCUCCAGAUCAGAUUCAUCUAACCAUAAAUCCUGGUUCGACUCCCAUGCCAAGAAAUAUCGAAGGAGCAACGCUCACGUUGCAGUCUGAAUGCCCAGAAACCAAGCUCAAAGAAGUUAAGAGAUACCAGUGCACCUUUGAGGGCUGUCCGCGCACCUAUAGCACUGCCGGAAACCUACGCACUCACCAAAAGACACAUCGUGGGGAAUACACUUUUGUCUGCAAUCAAGAAGGCUGUGGCAAGGCCUUUCUUACCUCCUACAGCCUCAAAAUCCAUGUUCGAGUGCACACUAAGGAAAAGCCGUUCGAAUGUGAUGUGCAGGGCUGUGAAAAGGCAUUCAAUACACUGUACAGGUUGAAAGCACAUCAGAGGCUUCACACAGGGAAAACAUUUAACUGUGAAUCAGAAGGCUGCAGUAAAUACUUCACAACGCACAGUGACCUGAGGAAGCACAUUCGAACACACACAGGAGAAAAGCCAUUUCGGUGUGAGCAUGACGGCUGUGGAAAGGCUUUUGCUGCAAGCCACCACCUUAAAACACAUGUUAGGACACAUACUGGGGAGAAACCCUUCUUCUGUCCCAGUAACGGCUGUGAGAAGACUUUUAGUACACAGUAUAGUCUCAAGAGUCACAUGAAAGGUCAUGAGAAAGGACAUUCCUAUAAUGCACUCCCCAAUAACAAUGUAUCUGAGGAUACGAGCCACUCACUUUGUCUGAGUGACUUAAGCCUCAUAUCAACAGACUCAGAAUUGCGGGAGAACUCUAAUCCAGUGAGUUACUGUCCUGGAAUUGCCUCACCUACACAUGGACAAGACCUUAGCACAAUCUCACCAGCAAGCAUCUUCGAGUCUAUGUUUCAGAGCCCAGAUCAUACUGCAAAUCACGACGACUCUCAACAGACAGCUGCCUUGAUUGAAGGUUUUAACGGCGAUGCAGACUCAGUCACUGCUGUUCCGCCUUCUGCAGGAGACUCGGCAUCAUUGUCUCUUCCACUUGUACUGCAGCUUGGCAUCUCUGAGCCUUCGCAUUCAGCACUACAAGCCUCAGCAGCACCUGCUGCUCCCUCCUCCAUAGGAACCAGCUCACAGCAAGCUGCAUUUGGAAAUCCUGCAACUGUUUUACAAUCCCCAGAAGUGCCUGUUCCUCACAGCACACAGUUUGCAGCCAGUCGCCAAGACUUCCUGCAGCACACUCAGACACCGCCACAGCCCAUUGUACAAGGACUUUCAGUGGUUGCUGGGGCAUCUGCCCCAACAGCAUCAAGUGCCACUGAGCCCCUGCCAGCUGUAGUUCAGACUGUGCCUGUCGGUGCGAACUCCGUUCUGACCAGUAAUCCAACUAUAACAAUUACUCCUUCUCAGAGCACCGCUAUUCUGCAGUCCAGCAUUGUCAUGGGAGAGCAAAACUUACAAUGGAUCUUAAAUGGUGCCACUGGUUCUCCACAAAGCCAAGAACAAAUGCCACAAGUUCCAAAAGUAGUAGAAAAGGUUUUUUUUACCACUGCAUUACCAGUAGCUGGUAACACAGGAAACCCUGUUCAGCAGAUUGGUCUCAGUGUUCCUGUCAUUAUUAUAAAGCAGGAGGAGGCCUGCCAGUGUCAGUGUGCCUGCCGAGACUCUGCCAAGGACAAAGCCACCAUUAAGAAGGAAUGUUCCUCACCUGAUUCAAAAGCUUUGGAGCAGCCAGCUCCCCAGCUGCAGCCUCAGACCUUUCCUUCCUCUUCCCCUUCUCCUUCCUGUGGGCAGAGCAGUCAGAUAGUUAACCCUUCCGACUCACAGACUGAAACAUUAAGUGCCAUGGAUGUAUCGGACUUCCUGUCCCUCCAAAGCCCUGAAACCCCAUCUAAUAUAAUUCCAAUCGAAGCACUACUGCAGGGUGAGGAAGAAAUUGGUUUGAAUAGCAGCUUCUCUAAGUGAAGAUGUUCCAGAUUUUCCUUUGCACCUGGAGGGUAAAACCCUUCUCCUCAGAAGCAGAAACUGAAGGAUUGAUUCUUUUUCCUUCCUCUUUGGAAGUUUUGUGGCUUAUUUCUGCUUCACAGAUGUCAUCUUAGUCACGUCCCAGGUACAUCCAUCUUUGAGAAUCUAUCUAAGAAAAGGAAAG